AUGGAUAUGCGUUCAAAUAAGCGACAGAGAAACAACAGCACAAACGGUCAUGCCCAGAGAACGACACCUUCGACAGCCCCCCAGGACCCAGACGAGAGCCCUAGCCAAAUUCCAUUAGCGAACAGGCCAGCACCUGUGCCCGCUCAUGAAUCCCCAGCAAACUCAAAUGAGGCCCCGGCCCUGGAGAUGCGCUCCUGCGAGAAUUGUAGACGCGGCAAACUCAAAUGCUCAAGGUCAUAUCCAUGUGCCAAGUGCCUUGACAAAGGGCUUGACUGCGUGUAUGAACAAGACAAACGCAGAGGUCCAAAGCCUGGCUAUAUUGAGGAGAUAUACCGGAGAAUUGAUGUCUUGGAGCAGAUGGUCAUUGGCCAGUCUUUGCUCUUGCGACCUCAGCACCAGUCUUCUGAGUCAAGGCUGGAUUUUCGCUCCGUUGUCGAUGGCACCAGGCAGAUGCUAAGAGAGGCUGGUCAGCAUCCAGCGAGGGACGAAACGACUGAUGAUGCUACCCUAUCUCAAGGCCCCAAACUUUCACGUGUUCAACAGGACACGGCAAAUAACGAAUCACCUGCUGUGGACAUGUCGGAUGCCACAAUUGGCGAAAUGUGUCACGUUUAUCGAACUCAGAUCCAACCCUGGAUACCUGUACUUCAGCCUCAGUUCUUCUUUCACGCUCAGGGGUAUGUAGGCCAACAGUCGACAUACCCGUGCGGCCUUCAGAUGGAAGCACUCAUGGCGGCAACUGGACCAUUUCUGCGAGGGGGACGGGACUUUGACAGACAAGAUUAUUUGCGCCGCACGCAAUCUGGAGUCUGCGAGAAGCUCCUUACCACCGCUGACAUGAACACUCUUCACGCUUGCACUAUAAUUCAGUUCCUCCUCCUUGGUGACGGACGAAUGACAAGUUACUGGGGUCUCGUCACGAUGCUGCCUCAAGUGGCACUGCGGGCUGGAUUGCAUCUCGAGGAUCACCAUCUCUCACCGGAGCAAAGAGAAUACAGGCGUUUGAUGAGUCUUGUUGUUGACAACAGCUCGUGGAGGUCACGAGAGUCUACUCGCCGCCUCUUCUGGGUGCUAUUCCUCUUGGAGCAGUUCGCCGCCUUACUGUCAGGCACCAAGUCAAGCUUCGACCCCAACAUGGUUCGAAGACUGCUCCCUUGUGAUGGCCAACUAUGGCUGGAGAAUCGGCAGGCCCAAACUCGUGAAUUCAUACAGGCCAAUGUUGCCGCGCAGGUCCAAAUCACCCCUGAUCCAAGCAUUGGUGGCUUGGCCUACCUCAUUGAGGCGACCGAGAUCCUCACCAUGGUCAACUCUUUCGCUAGAACCACGAAUAGGGCAAAGACACCAUUCCAGGAUCCUCGAGGGUUCUUGAGAGAGUUUCUUAAUCUCGACUUGGUUCUGGCCAACUGGAAAUCGAGACUUCCUGCUCGAUAUCAACACGCCUCGCCCGACAAGAAUGGGUACAUAGACCAUAACAUGACCCUCGCCCACUUGACGCACAACACAAGCGGCAUACUAUUAUACCAGGCCCCCCGAGCAUUCUGCAGACCUCAACCUCCAGUCGGUAGCAGCAGUCAGGACAGCAGUGGCCAAUCCACACUUAUGGCUCAUGUGGCACUGGUAAAGCAGGCCGCCAAAGAGAUCGGCAAGAUAUGUACUCGCUUUCUCCUUCACCGGAGGUACCUAGUGUCAGGGCAAUUCUCCUUUUGUCAGUUCAUCGCAGCGCGUGCUCUGCUUGCUUACUCAAGCUGGCUGAUGGAGCCAGUGGAUGACGAUUUCGAGACGAUCCUCACCUCUCUAGCCGAGUCGUCCAAGCGAUGGAAUUCAUCUCAGCAGAAUGAUAACUCAGAAUUGCAUCAAGAACCGGCUCAGGCUGGGGACUUCGCAGCUCAGUUGCUUUCUCGCCUCAAAAUUGAUGCCCAGAAACCAGAAGCUAUUGAUCUUACGGCAAGCUGGACGACACUAUCUGCUGAGAUGGAAGGGAUUGGCCAGCCGCAAAAAGAUUUAUCCACAGAACGUGGCUCUGUGGCAGAAUGGAGAUGUCAGCAGGGCCAUGAGAACGACGCCAGGCUGCCCACUGCAGAUGAUGGCCUACUCCCAAUGACAUUGUCGACAUCCACCCUGGAUCUAAUGACACCCCUGGAUGUCGAUGGUAGUUUGUCUAUGUUAGCCUCGAGCCAGAUUGAGACGCUGGACGAUCGCAUAUUCAGUUGGAGGGAUUAUAAUGAAUUGCCUGUCACAAUCACAAGUGACGAUCAAGGGCAAUUUUACACGAACCAGCAAUCUCAGCAUUUUCAAGGGCUGUAG